AAUUCUAUAAAUGUGAUUUUAAAAGAUGCUUUAUUCUUUUUGUGGAGUUGUUACACAAUAUUCCUCGGUUUCCCUUCUCAAAAGAUGCAUGCGCAUAACUUUGCGUGACCUGUAUUCCAAAACAGCAUAUUGUUUUGUAGAUGUCGAAAGUUGUGCCUAACGUGGUAUCAUUAUCUAGUCUAAGUCCUUAGUUUUUUCUGAAAAGAAAUCGUCAUUACCACUUUAAAUCAAGUUAAACAACUGUAUUUCGUUUUCUUUAAGAGUGAUUUUCCAAGUCAAACAAGUAGUCAAGUACUGAUGUGGCAAUUAUGAGUAUUGAACUUUCUUCAUCCAUUCAUAGACUUGAAGGUAGUGGAAAUCAAGUUGGUGGUCUCAUCAUAAAGAAGAAAACAAAUAAUGAUGAGUUGUUUAAAGUUCCAGCUCCUAAAAUAUCGUUGUUAGGCUUAGAUGUUUUAGCUGAGAAGCGGAGAAAAGAAAAAGAUUUAGAAGACAGAGAAAAAUUAAAAGAGAAGUUUUCUUCAGACAGAAAAAAAUAUGAUGAACAAGAUAUUGAAAACAGAGAUGAUGCCAAAAGAAGGAAAUACAGAACAUCAAAAGAUGAAACACCGACACACACUGGUGGUGUGAAUGAAGAAUACCUAAAGCGGAUGCAUGGAAGACAAAAGCGUGAAAAAGAAAGAGGAUUGUAUGUUUCUUCAAAGCAUAAACGUCAUAAAGAUGAGAAAGAAUAUGAACCAGAAAGACAUGAUCGUAAACAUGGUAGAGAAAGCAGCCGAUCUCGAAGAUCACAACGUUCAAGUCGUUCGUCGUCUAGGAGACAGAGUGAAACACCAUAUCGAGACGAACCCCCUUCUCCUCGAAUACAUCCAAGGGACUCUCCUUCACGUUCUGGCUGGGAUGAAGAUGACGUUACCCCAAAUUAUAAAUCAUCCUGGGAUCUUCCCUCACCUAUGAGCUCUCCUGACAGAAGGAGCGAGAGGAGUCAUCGUAGUAGAAGUCGUCACAGAAUUCCAGAUUCUCCUACUCCCACUCCAGUUUAUAAGUAUAAUGAUUGGGCCCGUGACAGAAAGCAUUCGGGAGCAACUCCCAUGAAUUCUGUGAGAGAUGAAAAAAUUCCUUGGUCUUCAGAAGAAGAAAAGAUGGAUUGGGAAGAAGAAAUAAAAAGAUUGGAUAGGGAAUGGUAUUCUAUUGAUGAAGGUUAUGAUGAAAAUCAUAACCCUUUUGCAGGCAUGUCUGCUGAGUAUACAAAAAAGAAAGAGGAAGCUUUGGAGCAAAAAAAGAAAAAAAGAAUGUCGGCUCAACAAAGGCAAAUUCAUAAGGAUAAUGAGAAAUGGGAAACUAAUCGAAUGUUAACUAGUGGUGUUGUACAGAAAUUAGAUUAUGAUGAAGAUUUUGAAGAAGAUAAUGAAGCCAGAGUACAUUUGUUGGUACAGAACGUUGUUCCGCCGUUCUUAGAUGGAAGAAUAGUUUUUACUAAGCAGCCAGAGCCUGUAGUGCCUGUGAAAGAUCCUACAUCUGAUAUAGCUAUUAUUGCUCGUAAAGGUAGUCUUGCUGUUCGGACAUUCAGAGAACAAAAGGAAAGAAGAAAAGCCCAAAAGAAAGAAUGGGAGUUAGCUGGCACGAGAUUAGGUGAUAUUAUGGGAAUAAAAAAAGUAGAUGACAAAGAAGAUAAAGAUGCUGAAGAUAAUACUGAUUACAAAGAAGAACACAAAUUUGCAGAACAUAUGAAAAAUAAGACUGAAGCUACCAGCGACUUUGCUCGAAAGAAAUCCAUAACACAACAAAGGCAAUAUUUACCAGUAUUUGCAGUGAGACAAGAAUUGCUCAAUGUUAUCAGAGACAAUAGUGUCAUUAUUAUAGUUGGUGAAACAGGAUCAGGUAAAACAACCCAACUUACACAAUACCUGCAUGAAGAUGGUUACAGUAAAUAUGGAAUGAUAGGAUGUACUCAACCUCGUAGAGUAGCGGCUAUGUCAGUUGCUAAGCGUGUUUCAGAUGAAAUGGGUAAACAGUUGGGAGAGGAAGUUGGAUAUGCCAUACGAUUUGAAGAUUGUACAAGUGAGAAAACUAUCAUAAAAUACAUGACAGAUGGUAUUUUACUCAGAGAAUCAUUACGAGAAUCAGAUCUAGAUAAUUACAGUGCUAUUAUCAUGGACGAAGCUCAUGAGCGAUCACUUAAUACUGAUGUUUUAUUUGGUUUGCUAAGGGAAAUUAUUGCUAGGAGGCAAGAUUUAAAAUUAAUUGUGACAUCAGCUACUAUGGAUGCUACCAAAUUUGCUAACUUUUUUGGAAAUGUACCUUCUUUUAUAAUACCUGGUAGAACUUUUCCUGUGGAACUAUUUUUUAGUAAAAAUCCAAUUGAAGAUUACGUUGAUGCUGCUGUAAAACAAGUAUUACAAAUUCACUUACAGCAAACUACUGGUGACAUUUUAGUAUUCAUGCCAGGUCAAGAAGAUAUUGAAGUAACUUGUGAGUUGGUCGCUGAAAGACUUGGUGAAAUAGAAAAUGCUCCACAGCUUGCAAUUUUGCCAAUUUAUUCACAAUUGCCAAGUGAUUUGCAGGCAAAAAUAUUUCAGAAAGCCCCUGAUGGAGUUCGUAAAUGUGUCGUGGCCACAAAUAUAGCUGAAACAUCGUUAACAGUUGAUGGAAUAAUGUUUGUUGUUGACAGUGGGUAUUGUAAAUUAAAAGUUUACAAUCCUCGAAUAGGUAUGGAUGCCCUACAGAUAUAUCCCAUUAGCCAGGCUAAUGCAAAUCAAAGAUCAGGUAGGGCUGGAAGGACUGGGCCAGGGCACUGUUUCCGCUUAUAUACAGAAAGUCAAUAUAAAAAUGAAAUGUUGAUGACAACGGUACCUGAAAUCCAAAGAACAAAUUUAGCAAAUGUUGUACUUCUUUUAAAAUCACUUGGAGUUCAAAAUUUACUUCAAUUUCAUUUCAUGGAUCCUCCUCCUGAAGACAAUAUGUUAAAUUCAAUGUACCAGUUGUGGAUAUUAGGUGCACUAGAUAAUAUUGGCAGUUUAACUUCUUUAGGUCGCUGUAUGAUUGAAUUUCCUUUAGAUCCCCCAUUGUCUAAAAUGUUGAUUGUUUCCUGUGAUAUGAAAUGCAGUUCUGACAUAUUGAUUAUUGUUUCGAUGUUGUCAGUACCAGCAAUUUUUUACCGCCCAAAAGGACGUGAAGAAGAAAGUGAUUUAGCUCGUGAAAAGUUUCAAGUCCCUGAAAGUGAUCAUCUCACAUUCUUGAACGUUUAUUUACAGUGGAAACAACAUAAUUUUUCAUCAUCUUGGUGCAAUGAGCAUUUUAUACACGUCAAAGCCAUGAGAAAAGUUCGUGAGGUUCGGCAGCAGUUAAAAGAAAUCAUGUUACAACAAAAAUUGCCUCUUGAAUCAUGUGGUACAGAAUGGGACGUAAUUCGCAAGUGCAUUUGCUCUGCAUAUUUUCAUCAAGCUGCAAGACUUAAAGGUAUUGGUGAAUAUGUUAACUGCCGUACAGGUAUGCCGUGUCAUCUACAUCCUACAAGUGCACUUUUUGGGAUGGGUUAUACUCCGGACUACAUAGUAUAUCAUGAAUUAGUUAUGACUAGUAAAGAAUAUAUGCAGUGUGUAACCGCUGUAGAUGGAUACUGGCUAGCUGAACUUGGACCUAUGUUCUAUAGCAUAAAGGAAUCUACUCGCUCUCGCAUGGAAAAUCGUAGAUUGGCAAAAAUGAGUCAAACUCAAAUGGAAGAAGAAAUGGCAAUAGCUGAAAAAGAAAUUCAAAUGAAGAAAAUACAGGAUCAAGAAAUAAGUUCUUCUUCACGUAAAAAAAUGCAAAUUUUCACUCCUGGUAGAUCAAAUGAUUCCACCCCUAGAAGGAAGCCAGAUAGAUUUGGACUGUGAUGUGAAUUUAAAUUGUAAAAUGUGUUUGUACAAUAUUUGAUGCAAAGUGAGAAGUGAAACUUUUCAUUAUUUUAUACUUUCAGCACAUAAAUAUGUAUGCUAGUUUGAAGCAUGUGGGGUAUUUUUGUCAGUGAAUAAUUUCUUUGAUCAAUUCAGUAUCUAUCAGCAUGUAAUCAUUUUGGUGCUAUAUAUCAUACUCAUCUUUUUUAAGUUCUUUCUGCAUCCCUAUUUGAUUUUAUGAACUUGUAAAUAUAGUUCACAUGAUAUUCAUUCCCAGUCUCUGAAGCAAGGCUGAAAACAACCAAAACAGGAUGUGGUUUUGAAAUCUUGUGUUUUCGAAACUACCCCCUCCCCCCUCUCUAUUUUAAAGAAAAAAAAUGGAAAAUAAUUCCUUCUUCAAAAUUUCAUUAUUUUCCCCCAUAACCAGUGGCUGUUAUUUUGAAGUAUUCAGAAGCUGGACUUUUUUUGAAGUAAUUUGCUUUUUACAUUAUUCAAAAUUUUCCAAAAAUCAAAAAUAGAGAUAAUAGCAGAAAAUUCUCAUCUCCUCUUUAAAAAAAUAUCAAAUUUUAUUUUUCAAGUUUUGGGUUUUAGUGUUUCCUUUGCUAGAUUUGGUUUACCAAAGCUGCUGGUGCUAUAUAGCUUCCCAUACACUUGCAUCUAAAGUUGCAACUGAUAUGUAAGAGAAAUUCUCUGCUCUAAAAAUCAUUGUC